AUGGCAGGUGCGGCGCCACCCGCCCUGCGUAUAUCGCACGCGCAAUUCAUCGAGCACCUUCGCUGUGCGGCCUCGUCAGACCGCACCCGUCGCGCCGGCGAGGCUCUCCACGGCUGGGCGCUCAAGUCCGGCGCCGCUUCCCACAUGCCUGUCUCCAACUCUCUCAUCACCUUCUACUGCUCCCUCCCGCGGCCCCUACUCCGUGCAGCCUUCGUCGUCUUCGCCGACAUCCCCGCCGCCUUGCGCGACGUCGCCUCGUGGAACUCCCUCCUCAACCCGCUCUCCCGCUACCACCCCCUCGCCGCUCUCUCCCAUUUCCGCUCCAUGAUGUCCUCCACCGACGCCGUCCUCCCCACGCCGCACUCCUUCGCCGCCGCGUUCACUGCCGCCGCCCGCGUGCCCUCCGCGUCCGUUGGCGCCAGCGCACACGCGCUCGCGUGCAAGCUGCCGUCCUCCUCCGGCUCCAAUAAUGUCUUCGUCUCGACCGCCCUUCUCAACAUGUACUGCAAGCUGGGAGCUAUUUCUGAUGCCCAGAGGGUGUUUGAUGAAAUGCCACAUCGGAAUGCGGUGUCCUGGGCCGCCAUGGUGUCAGGGUAUGCCACAAGGAAGUGUUCUGAGGAGGCCUUUGAGCUCUUCCGGCUGAUGCUUCAGGAGUGCCCAUUGGAGAAAAAUGAGUUCGUCACCACAGCAGUUCUUAGCGCAGUUAGUGUGCCACUGGGUUUGCGUAUGGGGGUGCAGUUGCAUGGGCUGGUAUUGAAGGAUGGCUUGGUGGGAUUUGUGUCCGUGGAGAAUUCACUUGUCACAAUGUAUGCAAAGGCUGAGUGUAUGGAUGCAGCAAUGACAGUGUUUGGGUCAUCUAAGGAGAGGAACUCCAUCACAUGGUCAGCAAUGAUCACGGGGUAUGCUCAGAAUGGGGAAGCAGAUUGUGCAGCUAGGAUGUUCCUACAGAUGCAUUCGGCAGGAUUCUCACCAACUGAAUUCACCUUUGUUGGGAUACUGAACGCAUCCAGUGAUAUGGGCACAUUGGUGGUUGGGAAGCAGGCACAUGGUUUGGUGGUGAAGCUUGGGUUUGAGAGGCAGGUUUAUGUGAAGAGUGCACUGGUGGACAUGUAUGCCAAGUGUGGUUGUAUUGGUGAUGCGAAAGAUGGGUUUCACCAAUUGUAUGAUGUUGAUGAUGUUGUCAUUUGGACAGCGAUGAUUACUGGACAUGUGCAGAAUGGGGAGCAUGAGGAAGCCCUGAUGUUGUAUUCCAGGAUGGACAAAGAGGGCGUUAUGCCCAGUUAUUUAACUGUAACUAGUGUACUUAGAGCAUGUGCGUGCCUUGCAGCACUGGAGCCUGGGGAGCAAUUGCAUGCACAAAUCUUGAAGUGUGGAUUUGGUUUGGGGGGCUCUGUUGGAACAGCUUUGUCUACUAUGUAUUCAAAGUGUGGAAACCUUGAAGAUAGCAUGGUUGUCUUCAGAAGGAUGCCUGAUAGGGAUAUUAUUUCAUGGAACUCAAUUAUUUCUGGUUUUUCACAGCAUGGGCGUGGAAGUGAUGCACUUGACCUGUUCGAGGAGAUGAAGCUAGAGGGAAUGGCACCAGAUCAUAUAACAUUCAUUAAUGUGUUAUGUGCUUGUAGCCACAUGGGCUUAGUUGACAGAGGCUGGUUUUAUUUUAGGGCAAUGAGCAAAGACUAUAGUUUAAUUCCUACGCUUGAUCACUAUGCUUGCAUAGUUGAUAUUCUGAGCCGAGCAGGCCAGUUAAAAGAAGCAAAGGACUUCAUAGAGUCAAUAACUAUUGACCAUGGAACAUGCCUAUGGCGUAUAGUCCUAGGGGCAUGUCGCAGUCUACGAGAUUUUGAUGUUGGAGCAUAUGCAGGUGAACAGCUGAUGGAGUUAGGUACUGAGGACUCAUCUGCUUAUAUAUUGUUAUCAAACAUCUAUGCUGCCCAGAGGAAGUGGAAUGAUGUUGAGCGGGUGAGACAUUUGAUGAGACUCCGAGGUGUUAGCAAAGAUCCAGGGUGUAGCUGGGUUGAGCUUAACAGCCGAGUUCAUGUGUUUGUUGUUGGGGAACAGCAACAUCCUGAAGCGGAAAAUAUAAAUGUAGAGUUGAUUAGGCUAGCAAAACACAUGAAGGAUGAAGGGUAUCGUCAAACAUAUAAAUUCCUGUUUGAUGAAGAACUGGAUGCACUAGGAGAACCUCAUGAAGAAGAACAAUUGGAAUUGAUAUCAACAGCGUUUAGCUGA